UAACAGUUUCUAGGCAUCGGGCAUCGCCGCCAGUGCUAGGAGUUUGUGCGCCGCAGUAGCAGUAAUCUUGGGGCUCGGUUCGGUUCAGGUGCGAAAGAAACCCUUUCGGCUACACGUAGAGUGAGUCGAGAGACUAACAGAGCAGAGCUCUGACCGUUGCGAUAGUGCAUCGAAGAAAGUGAAACUAAAUUCGGUCGGGCAAUAAAAGCUUUUAACGUCUAGUGGACACGCAUAUCCUGAAGCACGAGGGUUCUCGGGAGUUUUGUGCACUAGUGAUGAUUGAAUUUUUUCAUGAGGUGCACAAGUAUUUGAAACAAAGAUGUGGAUCGUAGUGAUGUGAUCAAGUUUUUGACUGAUCCCGAAAACAAGCUAAUGGAUAACAUAAUACAUGCAAAGAAUUGUCUUAUUAUGUUUUGAAACGAAAUAUCUAGUGUCGGACGGUUUCAGGAGGAGAUUGCGAAAAUAGAAUCCAGCGUGAAAAGAGAUUGUGUAAACAGGAUUAAAAGUGAUUAGAGUUGAGUGAACAGUGAAAAUUUGUGACAGGAUGGAGUUAAACGUUGCGGUUUCCGUUUUGUUGCUGCUUUGUUCUGUUGGUUUCGUAAAAUCUGAGGCCAUCGCCAUCGAGCAGAUACUGUCGCUGUGCUGUCAGGAGGGCGAGGAGUGGGGCACCCAGAAUCGGUUGUGCUCUAGCUUUAACAAAUCGCUCGAGCUUGUCCCGGGGGAGCUUCGGGGGCUGUGUUUGUCGACCAUCGAAAUCUGCUGCUCGAAGCAGCACAAAAUUUACCAGUGCACCGCGGGACAAAUUGCCGCCCGCCAGGGUCUCAGCUGCUCCCUGAAGGGCGAUCACUCGGGAUCGGAAUUUUACACGGAUUGCUGUGAGGCCUGCAAGAUUGGGCUGGUGGUGGGGUCCAGCUCCAGCAAGUGCUCGGUGGAACCAUUCGCAUUCGGCAGCCCUUGGGACGAGGUCUACGAUGGAUGCUGCAAGGACAUCAAACAAGGAGACGAUACGUUCAUUCUGAACGAAGAGGACGAGACGAAAUCCUGGGUUAUCAAUUUAUUUUCCCUAGACAAUUUAUGCGGUCGCUUUGACAAUCUUUGUUCGCAAAUUUGUGAGAAUAGCGAAGCUGGGUCGUACAUGUGCAAAUGUCACCCGGGCUACACGCUGCAGGAAGACCGAAGGACAUGCGUUCAGAUCACGUCGGAGGAUGAGAAUGAAAUAUCUAGAGAUGAUUCCUUUUCGGACUGUCAUCGUGGUUACGAGAAAGAUCAAAAGACGGGAGAAUGUGUCGAUGUUGACGAGUGUGAAACAGGUGAAGCAAACUGCGACCCCAGGAGCCAGGUUUGUAUGAACACGGAGGGUGACUUCCGGUGUUUAGACAUACUGGAUACGGAAUGUAAGCCAGGUUUCCGGUUUGAUCGAAAAACAAGCACAUGUGAAGAUAUUAAUGAGUGCAUGGAGCAAACCGAUACCUGUGACCGGGAAACCCAGCAUUGUAUGAAUGGACGCGGAAAUUACAGCUGCCAGGACAAGGCAGUGGAAAAGUGCUCUCCGGGUUACAUCUACGAUACUGCCAGCAAGUCGUGCGAAGACAUUAACGAGUGUGACGAUGAAGCGGUCUGUGAUGAGGGCUUUCAAUGUGUCAACAUCAAGGGAUCGUUUGAUUGCAUAGCGGUUGUGAAAAACUAUCCUCCUCAAACCCAGCCGAAGAAAAAGGUUGAAUCGUGUGCUCCCGGCUUCCGACGACACAACGAUCAGUGCGUAGAUAUUGAUGAAUGCGCUGCCGAUAAGUACGCCUGCGACAGCAACCAGGUUUGCACCAACGAGAUUGGCGGUUUUCGAUGUGACUGCAAAAUUGGAUUCAUGCUGGAUCAAGUGACCAAUGCAUGCAUGGAUAUUAACGAGUGUCAAAUUAACGCCCACGAGUGCUUGGAAUCGCAACGAUGCGACAACACGAUUGGAUCCUACACUUGUAUCCGGCUGCAAAGCUGUGGAACUGGAUACACGCUGAACGCCCAAACCGGAAAUUGUGACGAUGAUGACGAAUGCAUUCUUGGGCGGCACAAUUGCGUCGCUCCGUACGAGUGUUUCAACACGAAGGGUUCGUUCCGCUGUCGUCAGCGAUCCAGGUAUGCACCGGUCGUAAGUCAUCCAGUGGCCAGUGGCGGAAGUAGCACCAGAACUAGUACCAGCACUAGUACCUCUACUUCCACCACUACCACAACUAGUACUACUGCUCGUCCUGUCUAUUACACGCACUCAUCCAGGACGACACCCCACCACAGUCACCCGAUAUACCAACCUGGGGGCCAUCAUCAGGCCGAGUACAACCGCUAUCCGGGGUCUUGUGGGGUGGGAUUCGAGAGGAAUGCUUUGGGGGCCUGCGUUGAUGUUGAUGAGUGUGCACGGGAAAGUACUUGCCGACAGAACCAGCGCUGCGUCAAUAGUAAUGGCUCUUAUCGGUGUUACGAUUUAUUGGUUUGUCCGAAUGGUUUCAUGGCUAACAAUGACGGAACGGAGUGUUUGGAUGUAGACGAGUGCAGCACGGGCGAAGCGAAGUGUGGUCCGGAUCAGGUGUGCAAGAACAAGCGCGGUGGCUACGUAUGUCUCUGUCCGGCGGGACAUAUUAUCGGACGAAAUCACCGCUGCGAAGAUGUAAACGAGUGCGAUCUGCACAAGGGAAAGGUGUGUCCCCAGAACUCGGACUGCAUCAACACGGUUGGAUCGUACCGGUGUGACUGCAAGUCCGGCUUCAAGAAGGCGCGGCCGGAGGAUCUGAUCUGUACCGAUGUGGACGAGUGCAGUGAGGUCCCCGGACUGUGCCAUCAGCGAUGUAUUAACUACUGGGGUUCCUACCGGUGCGGAUGUGAGUCCGGUUACAAAUUGGCCGCCAACAAUCGAACCUGUGACGAUGUGGACGAGUGCGAGGAGUACAAGGCGAACAAUUUGUGCGUGGGAAUUUGCGAAAACACACCCGGUUCGUAUGGCUGCCGAUGCCCGCCGGGCUACAAGUUGGGACAUGAUGGACGCAGUUGUAUCGAUAUCGACGAGUGUGAAUCGCAGGGUGUGUGCAGCGGGCGAAAUGAGAUUUGCACCAAUAUCCGCGGCAGUUAUCGCUGCACCCGCAUCAGCUGCCCAUACGAAUACGAAAUCGACCCGGAUAGAAAUAACCGAUGUCGACGAACAACAAAAUAUUGCAACCCGGGCGAUAUGGAGUGCCUACGGAAGCCAACAUCCUACUCCUACAAUUUCAUAACUUUAGUUUCAAAUAUGCCAGUGCCACCCACCGGCCGGGCGUUGUUCAAUUUACGAGGUCCUGCGUGGUACGAGGCCAUAGAUUUCGAUUUGAAGCUGGUAAAUGUCGACGCACCUUCCACCGUUCGUCCGGCUGAUCAGCGUUAUUUCAGUUUGAACAAGUUGUCCAACGAGGUGCUGUUGAAUCUGGUGAAAAGCAUAGAAGGGCCACAGGAUAUCGAGUUGGAGCUGAGUAUGACAGUGUUCAAGGAUGGCAGACCAUUCGGAUCGAACAUUGCGAAGCUGUUUUUGAUGAUAUCAGCACAUGAGUUCUGAGGAUCGGCUUGUGAUGAAUAGCUCUAUGCUGAGGCAUCUGUAUUUCUCCUAGCAAUUAAGAUUCAAUUAAGCUAUUGUCGUACGAAUAAUGUUUAAUGAUUUGUAAUCUCUAAACUACUUCUGGAAGAUACUGAAAUAAUACACGGGAUGUGAAAAAAUUG